CCAUGCACUAUAAUCCUCUUAUUAGGUCACUCACCUUCAAUAAUCCACAGCAUAGAAUCCCAUACACCCACCAAACCCUAAAAGAAUACAAUAAAAUAAAAAUCUAUCUAUCUCUACUAUAAUAAUACAAAAAUAUGCCAAAAUUCUCGUCUUCAAUUCCUCAACUUUUCAUGCAUAUAAAUUCUUAACCUUACUACAGUUUGUCUCCUAAAACAUUCUUAAUCUCCACAAGGUGGUACCUAGGCAGGAAAAAUGAUAGGAUGGGAAGAUGUUUACAAGGUGGUGGUGGCUAUGGUGCCACUGUAUGUUGCCCUAAUUUUAGGAUAUGGGUCAGUAAAAUGGUGGAAAAUUUUUACACCUGAACAGUGUGGAGCAGUAAACAGAUUAGUUUGCUAUUUUACACUUCCUCUUUUUACGUUUGAGUUUACUGCUCAUAUUGAUCCGUUCAAAAUGAAUUAUCUAUUCAUUGGAGCUGAUGCUAUAUCCAAGUUAAUUAUCGUGGCAGUUCUUGCUUUCUGGGCUAAGUUUAGUAGCAAAGGGAGCUACACAUGGUCCAUUACAAGUUUUUCUUUAUGUACCUUAACUAAUUCUUUAGUUGUAGGGGUGCCCUUAAUAGGGGCUAUGUAUGGGCAAAUGGCAGUUGAUCUUGUGGUUCAGUCUUCCGUUAUUCAAGCUAUCAUUUGGCUUACUAUUUUACUGUUUGUUUUAGAGUUCAGAAGAGCAAAUCUUGAUAUCUCUUCUAACACAAAUGGUAGCGAUGGAAAGGAUUUAGAAGGAAGUAACGUUAAUGCUAUAGAUAACGUUAGGCCUUCUUUCUGGACUUUGAUGAGAGUGGUGUGGAUCAAACUGGCUAUGAACCCUAAUUCUUAUGCUUGUAUUAUUGGGAUUGUUUGGGCUUUUAUUGCAAACAGGUGGCAUUUUGAAAUGCCAAGCAUCAUGGAAGGAUCCAUAUUAAUUAUGUCAAAGGCUGGCACUGGCACUGCUAUGUUUAGCAUGGGAAUCUUCAUGGCUUUGCAAGAAAAGGUAAUUUCCUGUGGUGCAGGACUCACUGUGAUUGGGAUGAUCCUAAGGUUCAUUGCUGGGCCUGCAGCUAUGGCUAUUGGGUCUAUUGCUGUGGGCUUGCGUGGUGAUGUUUUACGUGUUGCUAUUAUUCAGGCAGCAUUACCACAAUCGAUUACAUCCUUCAUUUACGCGAAAGAAUAUGGAUUGCAUGCUGAGGUUCUAAGCACAGCUGUGAUCUUCGGUAUGAUCGUGUCGCUUCCAUUGUUAAUUGCUUAUUAUGCAAUUUUAGAGUUUGUGCAUUAGUUAAACAUUUACGGUCCACACAUUUUUGUAAUAAGAUACUGUAAGGGAAAAAAAGGGAAUUGUUGGAUUAUUACUUAUAAUAUCUUAACUAAAUUUCAGUUCCUCGAUUGGUCCAAUUUAGAUAGCCAAGCCCAAGUGAAAUAAUUGAAUAAACCAAAAAUAAUAAUAAUUGAAUAA